AUGGCUCCUUAUCACAUCCGCAAAUACCAGGAGAGCGACCGCCCGCGGGUCCUGGACUUGUUCUCGAAGGGCGCAGCCGAGCACGCCCCCACCACCUUCCGCCACAUCCUGAAGCUGCCACAAACUCUUGCGCUCUUGCUUGGGGGGCCCCUCGCCCUGUUUCUGGUCUCUGGGUCCUGGCUUCUGGCCCUGGUGGCCGGCCUCACCCUCCUGGCUGCCCUGAGGUUCCUGGCCAAAUACCCCUGGACCCAGUACGUGUCCAGCUGUUUGCGCACAGACAUGUGUGACAUCAGCAAGUCCUACCUGAGCGAGCCAGGCUCCUGCUUCUGGGUGGCCGAGUGUGAGGGGCAGGUGGUGGGCACGGUGGGAGCUCUGCCCGUUGGGGAGCCCCCCCUGCGGAGGGAGCAGUUGGAGCUGCUUCACUUAAGCGUGGCCUGGGAGCACCGGGGCCAGGGGGUAGCGAAGGCCCUGGUCAGGACCGUCCUGCGGUUUGCGCGGGACCAGGGCUGCAGUGAGGUUGUCCUCAGCACCAGCAUGCUGCAGCACUCCGCCCUGGCCCUCUACCAGCGCCUCGGCUUCCGCAAGACCGGCCAGCACUUCUUUGCCAAAAGCUGGGAGCUAAUUGCUGUUCCUGCAUUUCAAUUAACCUACCGGCUCCCCUCCGCUCAGGUCUCUCAGGCGCCAGGGCAGAGACAGGGCCUGUGAUCUGUGUCCUGGUGGACUAGUCAGGACAGUUCAGGCUCUGCCGCAGUAACAAGCUCACCCUGAGCCUCCCUGUGACAGCUCAGUAAAGCUUCUGUUUGUUAACGUCAGAGCCCCACGGGGAUGCUGGUGGUUCGGCUCCAUUUAGUCUUUUUCAGAUGCCACU